UCUGGCUCCAUAACAUCAAAUUUCUCCGUAGGAAAGGCCUGCACUACAGGAUCUUUCUCCGCCCGCCACACCACAUGGCCGCACCUCCCGUGGCGGCCUGAUCAGAUCCCUUCCUCGCAGCAGAGCCGACGGCAACAGGCGGAGGCAGGGACUACUCGCCCGCGCCGGGAUCCUGCUCUGCUAUCCCCAACUCCCCAUCCCGUCCCAGUCUCUGGCCACUGGGUUUCAAGGUUCGGGCUGAUGGCAGAGGUGCUGCAGUACUUGGGACCGGAUCGUCGAGCGGAAGGUACCACCAAUGCGGCGGCGGCAGAAGAACUCGUGGGAGACGACGAGGAGAUCCUGCGGUUCAUGGACUCGGCGGAUGGCUACCUCCUCCUCAUGGAUUCGCUUUCCGCCGCUCUUCGCCAGGGUUGGCUUGAUCUGGCAAGUGCUCGUCACUCGAUGGGCGCAUCACGUGUUUCGAGUGUGCUGUUUGAUCAUAAGGAGCGAUCUGCUGCCACUAAGCUGCAAGUGGAUUAUUCUGCAGAUCUGCAACCAUCAGAACCAAAGCCGCAUUUUGCUCUGUCGAAGUGGUGCUUGCAAGAAGAAUCAAGCUCCAGUGGUGUUAUCUGUGCACAAGAUAGUACUAAACCAAAACUAAGGUACCGAGGAUCAGAAGCUACCCCAGAUGGUAGCAAUGAAUCAGAUGCAACUACUGCAAAAUCUUCUACGGGCGCUGACAUUAGCAGCCAGGUUCAAACUGCAAGAUCAAAAGCAUUAUCAGUGUUCGGCGCAUUGGUGUCUCCAAAACUGCGAACAACCCAAGUUUCCUUUGAAUCAGCACUCGAGCAAAUUGUGGAGCUAGCGAAUUCAAGAUCAACCAUGCUCUCUAGCUUCUCACAGUUGUAGGUGCCGAAGCUGGUGCGACCCGAUGCCCGCUUCUCCGCGGCCAUGCCGUCGCUCCUUGGCAGCACGAGGUUGCUGAUGGUCCUGACGAUCUGCCGCUUCAGCUGCCCCCUCUUCAGCGGGGGCCUCUUCUCCUUUGCGCCGCCGUAGUUGCUGAUGCCGCUGCUGCUGCUGUAGGAGUGCUCCAUGGCUCCACCUGAGUUGUGCUCCUUCUUCUUCUUCUUCUUCUUCUUCUUGUGUGUGUGUGUCUUGUGUUUGGUCCCUUUGCUUAAUGUGAAGAGGACAUGAGACGGUGAAAAGUAUUUAUAGGCGGGCUAAAUCAUCCGUGCUGUGUUAAUACCGGCGUCUCGCCGCACAUGUUAAUUUUUUUGCCGGAAUAAUUUUGACCACUUCUUCUGGGCCAUCAUGUUUGUACAGUGAAGGCACUAACUAUGGAAUCUGUACCCUUAACCACAAGAGUGCCACUGUGCCAGCUCCCAAAAACGACUGGAAUGAUUGAAUAUCAAGGGAGAUGGC